AUGAGCGAAACAAAUAUGCAGUUAACAACGGAGAGACGAAGAGCUGAGCGUGAGCGCGAUGAUGCAAUCGAAGAACUGUCCGUGAAACGUGGCCUAAUAAACAUUGAAGACAAAAAGCGCCUGGAAGCGAAGAUUUAUGAGCUGGAAGAGCAGCUCGAAGAGGAGCAAAACAGCAAUGAAUUAAGCAACGAUAAACUCAAAAAAGCCCAAAUUCAGGUAUGCAUUUAA